AGUUAAGCUUCAUUUAGUUCAAUUUACGCCGAGUGUUGGAAACAUCAUAUUAAAUAUAUGUGAAUAUACCAUUUAUUUUACUUAAAUCGCGCUUGUUGCUCCCAACAGUGAUUUCAGUUAUUUGUACAACAUUUUACUAAUUGCUUUCCAGCUUUCUUGAACAUCCGAAAAACCUAUUUGGGUAUUAAACUAAUUUGUUUAUAUGGUCUGUUUAAUUUAACUAAAUUAAAUGAAAAACAUAAAUGCGUAUGCUUAAUUUGUUUUAAACAAAGUCUGUAAAUAUAACCAACUAAUAGAGUUUAUACAAUAAAUUAUUAAAAAUAAUAUUUUGUUCUUUAAUUUAAAUAUUAAAGUAAACACCCAAAAUCAUACACUUACACGCAUUAACAUUCAUUAAAGUGUUGUUAGUUGGCUGGGGCAUGCAAAGGAACUGGAUUUAAAGCAGGAUGAGACCUUCUCAUGACUCGUGGAGUUUCUAUAAAACAUGGCAUCCAAAAUACAUACGUUUUCUUUGUUCCUGGACUAAUUUAUGCAUCUUUCCUAAAAUGCGUAAUUGCAUAAUUGGAAAAUACAAAAAAUGCCGGAAAAAAGACAACCACGUAAAUAAAUACAUAUCAAUCCGAUGUAAAUAAAGGAGGCGAUAUUACAUUUGGUGGCCAUUCCGGAAUUCUAAUUUAACAACACGAAAAUGCAUUGCAGCCGCAUAUUGAUUAAGUAUAUACGACUUGAUAUAUUGGUCAUACUGGCAACAAUUAGGAUUGCAAAUGCAAACUAUAUUGGUACUCGCAGUCGGGAAAGAAAUUUGAGUAACAACAAUGGAGUGAAAACUGAAGAAUCAUCACAUAUCGUAAAUUCCGGUGGUGUAAGGACAGUUGGGGAAGUUUUUGUGCCAAAAACAUUUUCAUUAAAUUCACAGGAGCCAACAUGCGAACAACUUCGCGCCAUGUGGAUAUUUUCUAAACGGCAAUCCCGAGCUGCAGAAAUCACUAAUGAAAUACCAACAUAUCGGGAUCCUUUUACUUAUAAUGUUUGGGAACCUCUUUUUUUGAACUCACGAAUGCUGGGAUCAGUGCAGAUGAGCGCAAGGGAAAGAGCCAGAUCUCCAGUUUUUGGCCGUGUUGUUAACCGAGAGCCAAAUACGCCCCAACGCAUUCCAUUUGAACACCACCAGAGAUUGGUUGAAUUUGGACCGAGUGGUCCUGGUUCAAGUCAAUCUCGUUAUUAUGGUGCUGAAACAAGACCUCAAAACGGAGCUUCUUCUUCAUCACGUAGGUCAAGUAAAAACCGAUACAUGGGAGUCCCAAGUGGUCCUGGAGCAAAUGGUAAAGAAAGUCAGAAUUCAGUUGCCAUACAAGGCAGUUUUCAAAAGCUCAAAGAACUUAUAUGGACUGAAAGAGCUAAAGAGUUAACAGAGCAACGUAGAGACGAGGAGUUGGAAGCACGUGCAGCUGCACUUAAAGAAAUUGCUAACGGGAAAAACAUACUAGGUUAUAUUCCUCACCCCGGUAGCUCCACUGAUUCCAUUUUAAUGGAUGAAAAUAGAAGUCCGGACGGAAAUAGUUAUCAAUAUAGUGACGUUAAUCGUGUGCCGAUUCUGCAAAAUUUCGAAAUCGAUAAACCAAAUAAAAAUGGACAUAGAACUGGCGUUAGAGCAAGCACACGUCGCAUUGGUAGUUCGCCUUCUUACAAUAAAAAAGAAAGUCAAGCAAAUAAAGAAGUAAAAAGCUUAUUUUCUGCAACUAAUGGCUUUGGUCUAGGCAACAGAUCAGGCCGCAUUAAAAUUCCACCAAGUAAGCUUUUUUCAAGCGAUUCCACCGAAAGAGAUCAUUCCGUUAUUGGUAUUCCAAGACAUACCCAAUACGAAAAUCGCACUUUAGAGAGAGAAAUCGAUCCCUUCUAA